AUGGCGUCAAGCCGUGCCUCGCGUCCCAGGGCGAAGUCAACUGAGGAAAGGCUGGGGCGAUCGCUUUCGGCGGUAGAGCCGAAGGUGAUGCUCACUAGAGCUUCGGUGUUGGCCUCGAAGUCGGUAAACUCCGAUAUGGCGGAGCUGCGUAAUAUGCUCGGGGAAAUGUCCCUCGCCAACGAGCAGCUUCGAGCCAUGGUAAAGGAGCUGCAGCAAGAGCUGGUCAUGCUGCGACAGCAAACCGUGGCCAUCGAAGACAUGGCCCGGGAGGAGCGAAAGCAGUGGAACAAGGACCAGGCCCGCCAGUGGUACGAUGAGACGCAGCGUCUCAGAAGCGAGCUUGAGACGGAGACUGCGAGCCACCAGGAGUUGCUGGCGCAGAUGCUGGGUUGUGGCGGCAACCAGGCACUACAACCGCAGCUGCGCGUGCACUCAGCUGUGAUGCAGCAGCAGCCACAGAGGCCGCAGAAGCAGCAACAGCAACGGCUUCCGCCGAAGCAGGGGCCAACGCAGAGCUCUCAGCAGCAACCGCUGCAGCAGCAACAACAACAGCAGCAGCAGCGGAUGACUUAUGCCAACGUGGCCGCCGAGACAUGUGGCCAGCAGGCGACACAGGGCGGCACAUGGACGGUGGUGGGGCCCCGUCGUAAGGCACCGCAGAAGCCACAGCAGCAGCCAGCAAAGUCGCACCCACAACCUGCGCCACGUAGGCAGCUGGCGAAAAAGAAGCUGGACGCGAUAGAGGUCGCCCCAGGGGAGGAACAAUCGUGGCUUCGUCAUUGGCUGCAGAUCAGGCCAAACUCGGAGUAG